CGCACGAAUGCGCGGACACAUAGAUUUCGUCAAGAAGUAUUUUUGCCAGAAGGAUGCGACUUGCUGAGAAAAAUCAGGGCACGGUCCAGUGACUUCUUCAAAGGAAUAGUGCGAUCAACGGUUGAUGCUUGGAGACAAUUUCAAGAGCAAUGAUGAAAUGCAUCUUCUUCCUGCUUGGGAUUUUAAUACCAAUCUCAUGUGCGGAGAGAUACAGAGGCACACACUUGCAAGCGGCUGUACACUGUUCACGCCGUACCAAAACCAGCGAUGCCCCCGACCUUCGAGAAAUCUAUCUGUGGACACUGAAGAACUCUUUGACCGGGAUGCUAUUGCAGACUCCUUCUUACCAGGCUUACGUAUCAGCUAUGAACACAGCAGACAUGCCUGUUUACAACGAAAGCGUACGUAGCGUCGGACGGGACUGGCCCUUGUACGGCUUAACUAUGGUGGGCAUCAAGCGCCUUGACAACCUACAAAAACUGAUCACCACGAUACUGGCAAACAACGUGGCGGGCGAUUUCGUGGAAUGCGGUGUCUGGCGUGGAGGGUCUUCAAUUUUCAUGCGUGGUGUCUUGAAGGCAUACAAUAGCUUGGACCGUGUUAUUCACCUUGUUGACUCUUUUGAUGGCCUUCCACCCGCAUCCACACCGGAGGAUGAAGACAUUUGGAGCCAGGUCAAUUUUUUGAAGGUGCCCCAGGACACGGUUGAAGAUGGGUUCUCGAGAUACCACCUCCUCGACAAUCAGGUGCAGUUUCAUAAAGGGUUUUUCCGUCACAGCCUGCCAAGAUUCCGGAAGAACUUUGGGGAUCGUAAGAUUGCGCUUUUGCGCAUGGACGGGGACAUGUAUGAGAGCACCAUGGACAUUUUGUUCAAUCUCGCGGAUGUCCUAGCACCCGGCGCUUGCAUCGUUGUGGAUGACUGGGUGAUUGAGGCAUGCCAAAAAGCCAUGAAGGAAUUUUUCGACAUGCAUAACAUGCGCCCUGAAAUCAUUCCCAUUGACAAUGAUGCCGUUUACUUCUGCUUGGAUGAAAGCGUUGACCUCAAAAUGGCGUGGUAUGAGCGAUUUAACAAAAAGCGCAGCCCUUGA